AUGGAGCCGCCUCAGGGCAGGUGGAGGCGCUGGAGACGGCGCCAUUUGUUAACCGGACCGGCGUUGGUAAUGCUGCUGUUUGCCUGUCUGCUGGUGGCGUUCGAGCCUGCUUCGGUGCACGCUGAUCCUGAAGAGGACAUACCGCACAACGAGGUGCGGAACUGGGCCAUCCGGUUCGGUGUCGAUCUGUGGGAGUUUGGCCGCCAGUUUACCAAAGUGAACGACAUCAGAAACCGCUUCAAGGACUCGGACGUGGAGGUGACCCGGAAGGAUGGCAUCCUGCUGCUGCGCGAGCUGGCACUGGAAGUGAAGAACUUUAUGGAAUUCAAAAUGAACGCCGUAAUGCGGAUAAUGGACUCGGCGGAACAAGCUGCCCUUUCGGAGUCUGAUCCGGAGUCAGCCACAUCCAAGUCACACCCAAGCGGGUUCUACGAUGCACGGCGCAUCAACGAGUACCAAUCGGAUGGACGACUUGCUGAAGGUUCACGGCAGAUGUUGCUGCGUCAUAUGCGCCGAUUCGAAGGCUAUCCUGUUAACAUCAGCCUCAGCUCGGUACUGCUGCCGGUAGGUGUCAGUUUGGACGAACCGGAGACUCAGAGUGCCAUCAAGUGGUCAUCACACCUGGACCCGCUGUUCGCGAACAACAUCGAGCGUGAUUCGGCUCUCUCGUGGCAGUACUUUGGUAGUAGUGCUGGCUUUUUGCGACGAUUCCCUGGCACAGCUUGGCCACCCGAGACGUCGUACGGUAGCAAGGAGAUUAAUGAUUUCCGAACGGAGGAUUGGUUCAUACAGGCGGCUUCUUCGCCGAAGGAUGUGAUCAUUUUACUGGAUUCUUCCGGUUCGAUGAGUGGCAAGGAGUACCAACUGGCGGUGUCUACGGCCUCCGCCAUCCUGGACACCCUUGGGGAUGACGAUUUCUUCAAUCUGAUCUCGUUCUCCGACCAAGCACGGGUGAUUGUGCCCUGUUUCCAGGACAAAAUGGUACGCGCCACACCUGACAACGUGAAGGAGGUGAAGACGGCCAUCAACGCGGUGGAGUGCGAAAACACGGCCAACUUUUCGGCUGCCCUGGAAACGGCAUUCGAGCUGUUACGCAAGUACAAUCAAAGCUCGCAGGGCAGUCAGUGCAAUCAGGCUAUUAUGCUGAUCACGGACGGUCCGAGCGACACGUUCAUGGAAGUGAUCAAGCACUAUAACCAUCCGCACAUGCCGGUUCGCAUCUUCACCUACCUGAUCGGGACGGACAAGAGCGGUGGCAAGAACCUGUACCGGAUGGCUUGUGAGAAUAAAGGCUUUUUCGUGCAGAUAAACAGCGCCGAAGAGGCACGCAAGAAGGUGAUCGAGUACGCGCUGGUGAUGGCCCGCCCUAUGGUCCUGUACCAAGCGGAUCAUCCAGUACACUGGAGUCCAGUGUUCAUGGGCGGUCGUAGUGGUGUUCUCGGACGUGAAAGUGAAAACCGUCGCAAGCUGGUGACGACCGUUUCGACACCGGUGUUCGAUCGACGCAACCACUCAGCUCGAGCUGCCAAUCUUCUGGGUGUCGUUGGAACGGACGUCCCGAUCGAGGAGAUCCAGAAGAUGAUCCCACAGCACAAGCUGGGCGUGAACGGGUACGCGUUCAUCGUGGACAAUAACGGUCGGGUGCUGUACCAUCCUGAUCUGCGACCUCUGAGUGACAACGACCAGUACAGUGCGACUCUGAAGCACAAGUACAACUCGGUUGAUUUGACUGAGGUCGAGUUGCCGGAGGUGGACAAUCCUAGUAACACGAUCAACGAACGGCAUGAUCAGCGUUACGCCAACACGCUUCAGGAGCUCCGCAAUGAGAUGGUCAUGCAGAAGGAAGGCGAGAACGAACUCACCGUACUGACGCAUCUGGACGACAUGAAGCGUGUGUCGUUGCGUUUCCAAAAGUACUUCUACGGUGGGAUCGAUGGUACACCUUUCUCGCUGGGAAUUGCCCUGCCUGAUUCGUAUGGCGUGCACGAGUUGAACGCUCAGCAGGAGAUCAGGCAUUCCCACAUCAACGUGACGGAACAUUUCAAGGGUAGCAACUGGAAGGUGCACCCAGACUGGGUGUACUGCGAGUACAACAGCCUCAAGGAUGCGGACGGCACUGGCGAGGGUACGGAGGAGUCCACCUACCGGGACAAGGACGAAAGCUUCGACACGCCUGAAGAACAGGUGUUGCACUUCUUGGCCCGCGUCGGCAGGCCCGGCUGGAAGUGGAUGUCGGUUCGUCCUCGAUCACCUCAACCACACCACGGUCAUGGUGGCAUCCCGGUGGGCCAUUACGCCCAACAUCACUUUAAUUCGCAGGGUUCACGCAAAGCAGAACCGUACUACUGCGAUCGUACCCUCGUGCAGAGCCUCGUCCGGGACGCUGUCGUGACAGAUGGACUCGAGCGGCCUCCGAGCCACCCUCGCAAGGAAGACCAAAGCCCCAUUGCCACGCUGAUGGCAUUACUGCACAGACGGCUCGGAUUCAGCAUGUUCAGCGUGAAGACAACGUUUGUGGCCACGCGAUCGGGCCUGUUGCGCUGGAUCGAUCAUCUUCCCCACGCGGAGGACUCAAACGAACCACAUUUCAGUGAAACAAACGCCCGUGCGAUGGAUAUGAGCUGGUACAAGCGAGCUGUCGAUCUGUAUGCCACCGAACCGGAGGGAUUCGUGUUUAGCGUGCCGUUUAAUUCGGGAUACUCGGGCAAGAACAGCACCACGCUGGUGACUGCAAGUCACGCCAUCUUCAUCGAUCACCGCGGCCAUAAGGCGCCAGCUGCCGUGGUAGGGUUGCAGUUUUUGCACGAGUCACUGUUCAAGCACUUCAUCAACAUCACGUCAAAGUGUACCGCCUCGACAACCUGCAAGAAGAACUGCGCCUCGGACGAGCUCGAUUGCUAUCUGCUGGAUGAUAACGGGUUCGUGAUACUGUCCGAGCGGAGUGAGCACACGGGCAAGUUCUUUGGACAGAUUGAUGGCACCAUCAUGGACUCGUUGGUGCAGGAUCGCAUUUAUCGCCGGGUGCCGUUGAUGGAUUACCAGGGAAUUUGUUCGGAUCGGGACAACCCAUACACGGGGGCUGGUGAGCCGUUGCAGCCGGUUAGACCGAUGUCGUGGUUGCUGAAGUACUUCGUGUCGUUCGCGACCUACUGGUUGUCGGUGUUGCCGACUCCGAUUGGGGCGUGGCAGAACUCGAACUAUAAUUAUGAGGGUACGGAUGAUUUGGAGGAGGACGAUACGUACGACUACGAGCAGCCUGAUUAUGAGUUGCCAUCGGAGCAUGGUGAUGUGACUACGCCGGAUUAUGACCAGCGAUCGACGCCAACUCCGCAGAGGUCCCACAUGCAGUCUGGACCACGGGUUGUACCGGAUCCGGCGCAUGCGAGACCGUGCGAUCUUAAGACGGACUUGUACGUGCUGCAACCGGAGCGUUUGAACUCGAGUGGACAGAACAACCCACUGAAGGGAAAAUUAACCAACUGUCACUCGUCAGGCUGCGAGCGUCCUUUCAGCGUGCAGAAAAUACCGAACAGCAAUCUCAUCCUGCUGGUGGUGGAUGUGCUGUGUCCUUGCGGCUCCAAGCAGCUGGACAUUGAACCCCAGGAGGUCGUUGGUGGAGCAGGAGCAUGUGGAGUGCGUCGCAUGGCCAAAGAAAAGAUGAACCGAAAGCGCCCGGGCAAAUGCAUCAGCUACCAUCCGGAGGAGAUCGAGAUCAAACAGUGCGGUACCGCCACGACACUGUUCCGGGCGUCCCUCUACUCGACGAUAGCGACGUUUAUUGUGAUAUGGGUGUUGGCCAGCGCGUGA